GCCAGCCGUAAGGAGAGCUAGCUCGGCCAGGCACGUAAUCUUGGACAUCAACCUCCAUUUCCUAUCCACUAUCCACGCUCCCGCCCCGUCACUUCAUCCAUCACCAACUAUACAAGUCGCCCGUCGUUGCUUUGCGCCCUCACCGAACCGCAAUCAUCACGAGCUGCGCGUAGCAGCAAACCACCGCAACAAUGGCCAACACAACCCCCGCCGUUGUCAUGGACAACGGCACGGGGUUCUCCAAGCUAGGUUUCGCCGGCAAUGAUUCCCCCUCGUUCGUAUUCCCGACAGCCAUCGCGACCAAAAGCCCCUCGGCAGGCACCGGCGGCUCGGGCUCUGGCCGCCCUGCCGUAGCCAACAAGCCAUCCUUCCUCACCGGCGGCGCUGGUCCAGGUGGCCAUCUCUCAGCAAAGCGCGGAACCGAAGACCUCGACUUCUUUAUCGGCGACGAGGCCGUAGCGGCCGCUAAUGGGCCUGGCUACGGGUUGCACUAUCCCAUCAGACACGGACAGAUUGAGAACUGGGAUCACAUGGAAAGGUUCUGGUCCAACUCCAUCUUCAAGUAUCUGAGGGUAGAGCCUGAGGACCACCAUUUCCUCCUCACUGAGCCGCCUCUCAACCCUCCCGAGAACCGCGAAAACACGGCCGAAAUCUUCUUCGAGUCCUUCAACUGCGCCGGUCUCUACAUUGCCGUCCAGGCCGUCCUGGCCCUUGCGGCUUCCUGGACGUCAUCCAAGGUCCAAGACAGAUCCUUGACCGGUACUGUCAUUGAUUCUGGUGAUGGUGUGACACACGUUAUCCCGGUCGCCGAAGGUUACGUUAUCGGCUCGUCCAUCAAGUCGAUUCCUAUUGCCGGUCGCGACAUCACCUACUUCGUCCAGUCGCUUCUCCGUGACCGCGGCGAGCCCGACUCGUCCCUCAAAACCGCCCAGGAGAUCAAGGAAGAGUACUGCUAUGUCUGCCCGGACAUUGUCAAGGAGUUUGCCAAGUACGACCGCGAUCGCAGCCGAUUCCUUAAGCACACCAUUACCCAGCCCGGAGGUCGCCAAGUUACGGUUGAUGUUGGUUACGAGCGUUUCAUGGCCCCCGAGAUCUUCUUCAACCCCGAGAUUUACUCGUCCGACUUCCUUACCCCCCUGCCAGUGGUUGUCGAUGGUGUCAUUCAGUCUUCGCCCAUCGAUGUCCGUCGUGGUCUCUACAAGAACAUUGUUCUUUCGGGUGGCAGCACGCUCUACAAGGACUUUGGCCGCAGGCUACAGCGCGAUAUCAAGCAGCUUGUCGAUACGAGAAUCAAGGCCAGCGAGGUGCGCAGCGGUGGAGCCAAGAGCGGUGGUCUUGAUGUCCAGGUUAUUACCCACAAGAGGCAACGGCACGGCCCGUGGUUCGGUGGUAGCUUGCUCGGCCAGACGCCCGAGUUCCGGUCGUACUGCCACACCAAGGCGGAGGUAUGCUUGCUGUCCCUUGUUUCAUUGUCAAUCUGGUUGCUGACGGGCCUCUACAGUACCAAGAAUAUGGACCCAGCAUUGUGCGCCGGUUCGCUCUGCUCGGAGGACCUGGUGGAUCUUAAGCGUAAUAUUUUGUGUACAGGAGCGAGUCCGCAUCUUAUUUGGCAGGCAGCGGGCGCCGAUGUUUAUAUAAUGGCGGUGAAUAGAAAAGAGAAACUAAUGCUAGCGCAUGAAUGGCCAAUGCGUUUGUUGUGUUGAUGUUCAGGAUUGCCGUUGCGCAGAGCAACGGUCCCCUUGAAAAGGGGGCUUAUAAUACCGGUCGGUUGGUUCCGGAGGCGGCGUGCCAAGAAAUUCACGGCUCGGGCGAACUCGCUCUACGAUUCACUGUAACUCUCCGUGAGCAAGGAUGUCAGCACCACGACCACGGUCCGCGCCGGGUGGUCUGAUCGUAUCAAUCUCACAACCUGCCGAAUCUUCAUCAGCCCAUUGAUUAGAUGGUAGUGAGGUCUGGGCUUGAUCGUAAUGUCGAAAGAUAUCUCAAGAAAGCUCGGGGCUCGCCUCAAAGGACACGGACCAUAUUCCCAGCGCUUUUCACGCCAGUAUCCAUAACAUAACACAGUUCGGAUGAUUCAG